GAGGAGACGUCGUGCGUACUUCACUUCCGAAUCGACGCGCUAGCCGACACUUGGAUCUCCUCGCUCUCUCUCCAUUCUGACGAUGCUGCCCCCAGCGCUGCUUAAGAGCUCGACGCGUCUUGGCGGUCUGCGACUUGUUACCGCGCGCUCAGCGCUGCCGGCUGUGCAGGCUCUGCAUCAGACGCAGUCGCGCACGUUCGUAGCCCAGCAAGUAUACAAGCUGGCCAAGCGCGUGAUGCCGCGUAUGUCCAAUACGGAGAAGGCAGCGUUGGAAAGCGGCACUGUGGGCUUUGACCGCGAUAUCUUCUCGGGGUCUCCGUCGCUCACUACGCUGGACAAGUACUCGGCGAAGCUGAACGCUGAGGAGCAAGCCUUCAUGGACAACGAAGUGCAGCAGCUAUGCGAGAUGAUCGAAGACUACAACGUCACGCGCGACCAGGAUAUGCCUCUCAAGGUCUGGCAAUUCAUCAAGGACAAGGGUUUCCUCGGCAUGAUCAUCCCCAAGGAGUACGGCGGCAAGCAGUUCAGUGCACAUGGCCACUCGGUCGUGAUCACCAAGAUCGCUACACGCAGCGCCACUGCUGCUGUCACGGUGUGUGUCCCCAACUCACUGGGUCCUGCUGAGCUGCUGCUUCGUUACGGAACGGAGGAGCAGAAGAAUUACUUCCUCCCUGGUCUGGCCAACGGGAAACACCUCCCUUGCUUCGGUCUCACAGGUCCGACGUCGGGUUCGGAUGCUGCUACAAUGCGCGACACGGGCGUUGUAUGUGAGCAGGACGGUGUACUGGGCAUCCGUGCCACGUUCAGCAAGCGCUACAUCACGCUGGCCCCAGUAGCCACGUGCGUAGGCUUGGCCGUGGACGUGAAGGACCCUCAGGGACUCCUGAAGGGCAAGGGCAACCCGGGUAUCACCGUGGCUCUGCUUGAACGCAACCAUCCUGGUCUUCAGAUGGGCAAACGUCACGAUACGAUCUCAAUCCCGUUCAUGAACGGCCCUGUGACGGGUGAAGACGUGUUUAUCCCGAUGUCGAAGAUCAUCGGCGGCCAGGAGCGUGUAGGCUACGGCUGGAACAUGCUAAUGGACUGCUUGGCUGAAGGUCGCUCCAUUAGUCUACCAGCUUCAGCUGUUGCUGGUGCCAAACUAUCAGUUAAUGCUGUCGGUGCAUAUGCGCGUAUCCGUAAGCAGUUCAAGGUGCCAAUUGCCAGUCUGGAAGGUAUCCAGGAGCAACUUGCGACCAUGGGCAGCAAUGCCUUUAUCAUGACCAGUGGCCAGCACAUGGUGAACGCAAUGAUCAACCAGCACGAGCAGCCCGCUGUCAUUAGUGGCGUGUGCAAGCAGCAGAUCACCGACCGUGGUCGUGACACUGUCAUCCGUGCCAUGGAUGUCCUCGGUGGAGCUGGUAUCUGCAAGGGUCCCAACAAUUUCCUCGCUAACAUCUACACUUCGCUACCUGUUGUCAUCACAGUGGAAGGUGCUAACAUUUUGACGCGCUCUCUGAUCAUCUUCGGCCAAGGUCUUACACGAGCGCACCCUCAUCUGUAUGAACUCAUUAAGACCAUCCAGCACGGCGACGACAUUGACGGAUUCAAGAAGGAACUGGUGAAAUUGGUGAAGCACGGAGCUUCGAACACUGCUGGAUCACUCAAGACGGCUGUAACACGUUCACGCUUCAAGAAGCAGAGCGGUCUUCUUGCUCACUAUGAGUCUCAGAUGGAUAAGCUGGCGAAGAACUUCGCCAUGUGCGCGGAUCUAUCGCUGGUGCUUGGAGGUAAACUCAAGUUCGCGGAGAUGAUCUCGGGCCGGUUCGCGGAUGUCUUCUCGAGUCUCUAUCUGGGUUACUCAACUAUGUGGUUCUACAAGAACAACCGCCACGUUGAAGGCAUUGACGUGAUCUUCGACUACGCCAUGACGCAGCUUUGCCAUGAGGCCCAGGAGGGCAUCGUGGGCAUCAGUAAGAACUUCCCUGUGCCUGGUGUUGGCCCGAUCAUGCGCGGAUUGUCCUUCCCGUUCGGUCUGCCGUACGACUUGCCCACGGACAAGCAGAUGCGUCAAGUGUCAGAGCUAAUCUCCACCGACUCAGCUGUGCGUACCUUGCUGAGCGACAAUGUGUUCGUGUCGAAGGACCCGGAGGACCGUGUUGCUCUUCUGAACGCGACGCUGCCUAAGGCUGUGAAGGCUGACCGCACGCUCACUGCAUUGCGCAAGCAGAAGCGCAGUGCCACUAUUGACGAGAAGAAAUUCAUUGACGAAGUCGAGGCUGCACGUGAGGUUAUCAUCCAGGUGGACAGCUUCGAUGGCCUGGGUGCUGAGAUUGGCAAGCCCAAAGACUAUGUCCGUCCGGGCAUGAUCGGCAACAUCUUCGACAAGAAGAACUAAAUUGGAACUGGCUGCAAUGACCUAGCGAAAGCCGAGAGAAGGAAUGAACCAUCAUGAUAAACUCUGCUAGCUGUAGGAAGAUAACAAGAAUCCGUACAUAAUCUUUUUAAGCCCCAAAUCAAAGCUGGCUCAUCAUAAGUUGAAGCAAAAUGGUGGCAUAAAGCACAAGACCUGUAUUCAGACGCAUCGAGCUCUCCUUCAUCCACCAC